GCCCUGGUUGAUAGCAGACGAAUCUACCAGCAGUAUGAAAAACGAUACUAUGAACUAUGCCAGAAAGCUGAACACUAUAAACGAGAGAAACCAGCGAAAACUGAGGUUGACACCUUAAACAAAGAAAUUCAAGAUGUCACUGACAAGUGGAAACAGUUGUCCGAUGAUAUCCACAGCCAGCAAACGGUGCUUGGUACAGUGCUGCACGACUGGCGGACCUACACGGCAUACGGCGGUGUACUGACGACCUGGAUCAAUGGAGCAGAGAUGGUCAUGGACAAGUCGGCCAUGGAGAAAGCAACGUACUUCAACGACGUAGACAAGCGAGCACAGGAGCUGACGAUGCUGAACGAGGCUGCGGCGGCCCUAACCCCUGUAUGUGAUGAAACCACGGCAACCAACAUCCGACAGAAUGUCAAUGCCAUCAACCAGCGCUGGAAGCAGUUGUCUGACCACUCGAAGGCGUACAUGAGAGCAGAGGCUGGUGCAGGAGCGGCUAGGCAGGAAUUCAGCGGGUGCGUUGGCUAUCUCACCGAGUGGCUGGACACAAACUCUGCUCUCAUGUUGCGUCCCGUCGACGCGACGAUGAAUGACGUCAGACUACAUAUUACCCAGCUUGAGGGACAACUGAAGGACUUGGACAUGAAGGAGGAUGAGUUCUUGUCUCUGUCAAAGAUGGCGCAGGGCCUCGUGAAACAGUCCACCCAGCAGCAGGUCACAUCCAUGCUUACCACACUCAAGACACUAAAGGACCGACUACUUAAGAUGAGGAAAGACCUGACUGAAGCUCAGCAGGGCUUCAAGCAGCAGGUGCCGAGGCUACAGGCACUCGAGAGUGGAUAUGUGGACAUCUCAACAUGGCUGACGGAGCGCGAGGCCAUGCUGGGGUCACACCGAGUCACAGACGAUGUCGAGGCAAUGGAGGCACGUCUGGGAAAGCACAAGGUGUGCUUUGCCCAGACUUCCAUCUACAAGUCGAAUCUGGACAGCAAGAACAAGCUGGUAGAGGCGAUGCUGAGGAGCAACCUACGAAACCUGAGAACGAGCGCACUGCACCAGUACUGGGCAGAGCUGACACUCAGAUUCCAAAGAGCCAUGCAGCAAGGAGCAGAGUGGGAGCACGCACUGGAGAAAGCUGUUGCAUCACUGGGUGGCUAUCACCAGUACAGAAUGCAGCUGAAAGAAUGGCUACAGAUAGCAAACAAUGUGAUGGCAGAUGAGGAUGAUAGCACGACUAACCUCAUCAGCAAACACAAGGCUUUCUUCACGAAGGUGGACCAGAGUCUGCUGCAGCGGUGUGUGCAGGCGAGCCAAGAUGUUGUGAAGAGUGCAGAUGAGCAGACGGCCAUGCAGACGAAGGCCAGCAUGGCGCAGCUGCAGGCAAGCUGGAAGGACACCCUGUACCGGGCACCGAUGCGACUGAUAGAGCUAGAGUUCAGACAAAAUGAGAAACAGUUCGUACCCCUGCUCAAGUCAGGACAGGACAACGCUGACAUGGAAGAGGUGCAGAUGCAAGCGGAGUAUGAAUCUGCUGCACUGCUGCAACAACAUCUGGCCUUCUAUCAUGACAGUGAUUACUUCCCAACCUGCGAGAAACUGCUGAAGCUGAUGAAAGUGUCGGCCCAAAAAUUGGCAGUUUACUCUUCUCAGGAAAGCUCACCCCCAUCGCAGGACAACUCUCUCAUUGCACGGUAUGUAACACUGGAGGAACAGUGGCAGCAGCUCAGAGAGAGGGCAGAGACAAUGAGACAACUUCUGCAGGAGAUGCCCGGCAAGUGGAAAGAGUACAACGACAGGUUCGUUGCCAUGGAGAAUUGGAUGGACAGUGUUGACGCUGCUGUGCAGGACUUACAGCAAGAUGCUGCCAGUACUCAGGAGUAUAAAGCAAAGCUAAACAAGUUCAAGGACAUCUGCCGACAGGUGGAACACCACAGGCAGCACUUUAACUGGUUGCUACAGACGCUGGAGACCCUGCGGCAGACGACACCUGUGCCCGUGGCAACCGCUGAGAAGGAACGACUCAAUGCCCUCGUUAACAGAUAUGAGACCAUAGUACCCGGUCUAGAGGUGACAACUGUCCAAACUACAACCGUUAUGAAGUGCCACACAUACCGAGAUAAGACUGGCCGCCAUCUCACGUGGCUGCAGGCAAUGAGAUUGAAGGUCGUAGACGAACCAAAGGUCACGAGUCAGAACAAUACUCAGGACAUGCUGGUAGAGCACCAGGCGGUGAUGGAAGAGCUUGACCAGAAGGCGGGUGAGAUAGAGACGGACAUUGAGCAGGGUGUGCAGCUGCAGCAGGAAGCGCACGCGCCACGAUUCGUUAGCGAAGUCACGGUGACGCUCGACCAAACAUGGCGGCAGACGAGAAACGUGGCGACCAGCACCGUUGAUGAACUCAAGUGCAUCAUAGUGUUGUUCAAUAAGCGUAAGGAUGACAAGAAGAAGGUGGAUGCAGCCACACAGUGUGCAGAGGCAGAGCUGCAGCGACAGCGAGAGCUAGACUCGGACGCCCGCAUCCAGGCAGAUAGACAGGCGAAGCAGGCCGCACACGUCCGCCUGGUGGAGGGAUCGAGCAACAUGGCGGAUAUGAAGAGCGAGACGGAGGCGCUGGCGUCGCGCGUCAGUGCUGACUGCGAGGCGAUGCUGCGCGCUGAGACACAGGAGGUCGAGACGCGCUUCGACGCUGUCUCGCAGAAGAUGACACAAGAGGUCAACUACUUAGACACACUUGCGCAGACCUGGCAGGUGAUGGAGGACAAAGCAACACAGCUCUGGGGGUGGCUGGUUGCUGCUAAGGGAAAAGUCACAGAAGCCAGCAACCCACAGGCAAAUCUUGAGCACCGACUGCAAAUACUUCAGAAUGUUGAAUCUGAGAUGGCGACGCAGCGUCCGUUGCUAGGGGAGUUGGAGACACAGUAUUCACAGGUGGCAGCACAGUUGCCUGAACGCGUCUGCUCUGGCAUGCUGGUGAUGAUCAAUCCUCUACAACAACAGAUGAAAGACUUGGAAGCUGUAAUCCAGCAGCAAAGAAUGGCCGUCGCCACCGAGUCGUCAGUGCUGCAGGACUAUUUGGCUAAGCUGCAAAGACUAUUGGCCAGCAUGCAAAGUGCCGAGGCCACGGUUGCCACGGAAACGCCUCUAUGCAGGAAUCCAGAGGAAGUGCAGCAGCUGAAGCAGGCACAUGAGGGCUUCAUGGCUGACGUGGAGCGACACCGCCCCCUACUGGAGGAGAUUGUCGCACAGGCGAAGGAGUUUGCGUCAGUGCCUGAGGAAGUGCACACCCUGCGAGCGAGGUGGGAUGCCCUGCAAGCAGCAGCACAGCAGAGGAUCAAGAGGAUUGACAUGCUAGUGAAGCAAUGGGAAACAUACACAGAGGAAGAGAGGAAGCUGAGGGAAUGGCUUCAGCAGUGUCAGACAUCGCUUAGCGCUGACGUUGGGCAGACUAGUGCUGCUGUCAUGCGUCUGAAGCAGGCACUGGAUUGCUACAAGAAACUCUUGGAGGAGAUGAAUGGAAAACGCCUUCAGGUGGAGUCCCUGCAGCGGCAGCACCACCAGCUGGCGCCACAGGUCGCAGAGACGAGUCCUGUACAUGGCUCAGAGAAGGAGAUUGUUGAUGAGUACGUGACCUUGCUCGAGCAAACACGCCAGUGCAUCGCUGACCUGACGGACAGAAUCAAGGAGAGGAUUGACUUCUAUGACAAAAUGGAGGAACUUGAGAAGUGGUUGAACUCGGUGCAAGUGAAACUUGCCGUGACAAACACCUUGGAACCAACUGAGUUGGAGCACAACCUUGAGGACAUUAAGAGCCUGAAGACGGAUGCAGAGCAGAAGGCGAUACUCGUAGAGAAUGUGUCUGUGGAGGUUGAACAGAUGCAGAUGAAGACUCCGACGAAGGAGGUCGCUGAGCUUCAGGACAGGGUCACGAACAUGGUGCAGUCGUACGGAUCCGUGACGACUGUCGUCACGACCCGCGAGAUCGUCAUCGAAAAGCUUGUGGAGUUCUAUGUGGAGAGGAAUGAGCUGACAGUGCAGCUACAAGAGGUUCAAGCCAAACUAGACACAUGUGAUAAGCAAGACAUGCCCAUCAUUAUGGAGCAGAUCAACACUGUUAGAGGCAAGCUUGAUAAACUUGGAAAUGAGCAAGGAGAGAUCAAGCAGCUUCUAAGCACUGCACAGGUGACGCUAGCGCCCCCUCCUGCCCAGGAGGUGCAGUGGGAAGAACAGGAUGUCAUCUGCAUACAAGCAGACCUACAGACCAUGUCUAAAACGGCAGAUUCCAUUCAGCAACACAUUCAAGAUAGGGAGCUGCAGCUAGCUGAAACCGCUGCCAAGUGGGAACAAUUGCAGGGACUACGAACUGAAUUGCUUCCCAGGUUGCAGGAACUCGAGCAGCGACUGGUGGAGGCGGCUCCCACUCAUCCAAUCCGGGACGAGUUCCAAAAGUGUCUAUGGACCAGCGAGGUUGUGCAGUCCAGCCUGAUAUCGAGAGAAGAAGACUUUGACAAGCUAAAGGAGGCAGCACAGGAAGUAGAAGCUGCGAACCCAGACAAGACGUCAGAAGUGCGUCGGGUUGUGGAGGAGAUUGAGACUCUGUGGACCCAGGUUGAGACGACCAGCCAUCGCACCGUGGAUACGGUCACGUCCAUGAUCGAAAAUUGGAAGACGUUUGAAGAAAUCUGUACAAGAAUGGCUGAAGGUUUGCAUUCCGUGGAAGUGGAUCUCAACAAGGAGAGACCACUGACCAAUCAGGACAGCUUAUCGACUUACAUAGAGGAACUAAUGGAAACUGCAGCAAUCCUGCAGGUAUUGGAACCAGAGAUUGCAGACAUGAAAACCAGGGGGCACCACGUGUCUGAGCGAAGGACAGCAGUACCACUGUUGGACGCAGGCACGGCAGAGGAAGUGUACACAACCCUAAAGGAGACUUACGCAGACUGCAGUCGUCGCUGGAAGGAAGACCAGCAGCAGUUGAACGAAAUAAACGAUUCUCUCGAGUUGGCAUCCCUGACCUGGCAGCAAGUGUUAGCCCUACAUGAAGAGCUGCAGUGCUGGCUAGACACCACCAUUGAGAAGAUGGAUGACAGCUUACAGACAGCAGACCUGCUUGCUGCAGAGAGGCGACUCAACCGAUACAAGAAUGAACUGCCUUACAAUGAGGAACUGAACAAGAAGCUAUUAACCAAGGUGACCUCAGUGGAGAGGUGCAAUGACAGCCAGCCGAUUGAAGAGAUGGUAGUACUCGCUAUUGAGCUCGGCACAAAGUUUGGCCUAGCAUGCGAACUCGCAACAAAAUUGGAGUGGCUGCUGAAGGAGUCAUUAGCUGAUCUAGAGACUCUGAAACAGCAGCUGGCUGAGCUUCAAGACUGGCUGGUAGAGGGCACUGCCAAACUGGAGUUGUGUGAUCAUGCUACUGGAUCUGAUGAUGAUAUUGUCAAACGUAUUCAUUCAUGCAGGGAGUUGGUUGCACAGCUGGGCAGCAGGGAGACAGAUUUCAGCGAAAUCGUGGACUAUGCUGAGUCGGCCGCACAGAAGUUCCCGUCGAACGAAGCGACGACAUUGUGUCAGGAUACAGAGGACACAAAGACCAAGUACGAAGUGACGUGUAUGCAGAGCUCCAAGGUCGAGGAAAUCCUAGUCGGUGUGCUAGAGCAAAGGUAUGUUGAAGCAACCUCACAGCUUGAUGCCUGGCUGAGCAGCGGCAAUGAGAAGGUGGCCUGGUGUGAGGAACCUUCCUCUGACAAGCACACAGUCUCCGCCAAGCUGGCCGCAGUUAUGGCCGUGCAUAAAACUCUCCCAGAAGGCGCAGCAAGGUUCGACGCCGCGCACCGUGCAGCUGAUGCCUACGCGUGCGUCACCGACUGCGCUACAGAGAUCACCGAGCAGCAGCGGGAGCGCCAGCAGCAGCUCGACGACUUCAGCAGCCGUGUGCAUAUGAUGUCCGUCGAGCUCGGACUCUCCCUGGACGCGGUCAACAAGCUAGAAGAGCUGACCGACAAGCUAUCGACGUGGCUGCGCGCCACCGACCAGCGGGUCAAGGCCGUGGCCGGUCUACAGCCCGAUCUGCCUGCCAAGCAGCAGCAAGCAGAACAAUUCAAGAGUGUGUGCAGUGAAGUGACAGCCAAGGCUCCGGCUUUCAAGGAGCACAGUGAGCAAGCCGUGAGCCUAGAGGCACAGCUGCCUGGCUGCAACGCAGAAGCUUAUGCCAAGCAGCUGAGAAGCAGAUAUGAAUUACUAGAUAGUGCUAUUAAGGAGCAUGCCGUGGUCUCCCAGUCGCUGGUUGACGACCACCUCAGCUACAUAGAACACAGUAGUGCAUUCACACAAUGGUUAGACAAAGCAGAACGUAAGCUUCGCGCAAACAGAGACACUUUGGGAGAGAGAAACACGCUAGAGGAGAGACUCGCGCACAUUAAAACAUUAGUAGUAUCCAAGGAGGAAGGUUCGCAGAAAUUCAACAUGGCCACAUCCAGUGGAGAAAUGCUCUACCCGAACACAAACCCAGCAGGGCGCAGCACCAUCACCGACGAGCUGCAGUCUCUGCGCAGCCGCUGGGAAGCGUUUCUGGCAGGCCUCAGUGAAGCAGAGGUCAGCCUGGAGAGUGUACUCAUGCAGUGGUCAGGACUUGCAGAGAAUGUUCAACAUCUCACUAGCUGGCUGGUUGCAUGUGAGGAAGGACUUGGCCACGAGGUGGCGUUGGUGUCCUUCCUGCAGGAGAAGCAGGUUCUGUUGCAGACAUACAAGUCUGCAUGGCAGGACAUACAGUCACACAAGACGAUCGUCUCCAGCUUAAUUGAUAGCUCACACAAAAUGGCCGAUGCGGCAAUGGCUGCUGAGGUUGCUGAUGUUAGUGCCCGCUACCAAGCCGUGUGUGAGCAAUGCCAGAGCUAUAUCAGCAGCUCCACCCAGUACACUGCCGAGCACCAGUGUUACCAGGACAACGUGCAGGACUGGAGUGAUUGGCUUAAAGCAGCGAGUGAGAAUCUGACGAUGUGCAAUGACAUCUCAGGAAACAAGCACAGCAUUGAGCUGAGGCUAGCUAGGCUGCAGGAACUUGAAACGGAUAAAGAAGUGGGUAAACAUAUACUAGAUGAGUGUAGAGAGCAGAGUGAGAUAGUUGUGCCUCACACGGCCACCAAGGGAGUAGACCACAUCAAGAGUGAGCUCUCAGCAAUGUCCAGCGACUGGGACUCGUUCAAUAGCAAUACAGACGAGGUGGGACGUGAUCUGGAUGGCAGGCUGAGGGAGUGGGAAGAGUUAGCCAGACUUUACUCCACUCUGCUGCAGUGGCUGGCACAGGAGGAGGUCGCCUGGAGGGAGGUCGAUCUUGUCUCUACACUACUGGAGAAACAGAUUCAGACACAGAAACUAAGGACAAUGGAAGAGGAUGUUUCGAGCAAAUCCGACCAGACAGAGGCACUCGUACAAGUGGCUGCACAGCUUCGUGACCCAGAGGCUGACAGUUGUGCUUCUCAGGUCACCAGCAAGUACCAACAGCUCAGAAUGACCAUAAAGGAGCUACUCAGCAAAUGGGAGAAGAUGGCGUUGGAUCACCAGCAGUACAGUGAUAUGUAUGACGCCUGUAUCACCUCGGUGACCCACCUCACACAGAACUUGGAACCGUUCCACCAGCAACCAUCUAAUAGGGUCGAGCUAGAACAAAUGCAGGCUCAGCUACAGGAAAUUGUUGUAAAGAAGGAGCUGGAUAAUGCCAAGAUCCAGCAAACGGUGGAGGCAGGCGAGAAACUUCUGCCAGAUACAGCAGCAGAGGGCAGAGAUAUUAUCAAACAGCAGAUUAGGUCUCUGCGUGCACAGUGGGAGAAGAUCGCUGUGAGCCUGCAAGAAGCUGGAUCCAGUCUUUCCGCUUCCAGCCAACAAUGGAGCUCAUUUUCCACAAAUGUAGAUCAGUUCAGACGCACCCUACAGUCAGUGCAGGACAAUCUGACUCUGCAGCUGCGUCCCACCCUAGAGGAAAAGCGCACACAGCUUCAGACUCACAUGACGUUUCAUCAUGAACUGCUGGCAGAGCAGCACAUGCUUGAUAGUCUAAACAAGAGAGCAGCUGAAAUGAAGCAGACGGAGGCUGUCGAUGAAGUUGCAGCAAAGUACACUGCCCUCUGCCAGGAGUCUGAGGAGCUACGCAGCAAAUAUGCACGGUUUGUACAGGACCAUGAGGCUUUCAACGAGUGUACGCAUAACUGCCAGCGCAAUCUGCACGAGGUAGCAAACGUUCUGACCGCCUACUCAGGAGUAUCCGGUGACGUACACACCCUGCAAACACGACUUGAUAAACUGAAGGAACAGUCUAGUCAGAUCACGGACCUUAAGCAGUCUGCAAAGAAAGUUUCGGAGAUGCAGGAUUCUGUCCUCCAGGGGACAGCACCUGCUGGGUGGGAGUCUUUACAGGCUGAGGCAAGACAUGCUGACAAACAGUGCAAUGAGUAUGAAGCAGAGCUGAACGAGUCUAUCAACAAAUUAAAUGUUUUGAUAUCACUGUGGCAAACAUACAAUGCAGAGAAUGAUCGCUUGAACAAUAGUCUGGAGGACUGUGUAAGUCAGUGCAGUGCUGUACAGCUGCAGCCUAGCAUGGACACCAAGCAGCACGCCCUCUCCACCCUACAGGCUCUGGAAACUAAUGCAAAAGACAUCAAGACGGCAAUUGGACACCUGCAGGAAAAGUCGCUAGACCUCGUCUUGACUGGUGCUGAUGCGCACAUCACUGAGACCACUACCCAGCUAGUGACAAAGCAAGAGUCAGUGUCGGCCAUGGUCUCCGAACUCGUCAACAACUGGAACAAGUAUGUGGCAGCCCAUCGCAAUUACGAGGAGAUGUUUGCCUUGCUUGAACAGUGGGUCAGUGUUGCAGAGGUGACACUAGACUCUUGUCAGCCAGAUACUACCGACACCGAGACACUGGUCCAGGAGAAACUAGCCAAGUGCCAGACUAUUAUGAAUGAGAAGAUGGAGAAAGAACCUACAAUGGCUUCUCUCCUGGUGGAGGGAGAAGCACUGUUUGCAUCAACAAGCCCUCAAGGCAGAGAGACGGUCAAUCAUCAGAUGAACACGCUCAGACAGAG